CGCCAGCGCGCUGCCGGCCGGGGCCAUGGGCUGCGACGGCCGCUUGUCGGGGCUGCUCCGCCGCAACCUGCAGCCCACGCUCACCUACUGGAGCGUCUUCUUCAGCUUCGGCCUGUGCAUCGCCUUCCUGGGGCCCACGCUGCUGGACCUGCGCUGCCAGACGCACAGCUCGCUGGCUCAGAUCUCCUGGGUCUUCUUCUCGCAGCAGCUCUGCCUCCUGCUGGGCAGCGUGCUCGGGGGCAUCUUUAAGAGGACCCUGGCCCAGUCACUAUGGGUCCUCUUCAUGUCUUCUCUGACCAUCUCCCUGGUGUUUGCUGUCAUCCCCUUCUGCCAUGACGUGAAGGUGCUGGCCUCUGUCAUGGCACUGGCUGGCCUGGCCAUGGGCUGCAUCGACACCGUGGCCAACAUGCAGCUGGUGAGGAUCUACCAGAAGGACUCAGCCAUCUUCCUUCAGGUUCUCCAUUUCUUUGUGGGCUUUGGGGCUCUGCUGAGCCCCCUCAUCGCCGACCCCUUCCUGUCGGAUAACUGCUUGCCUGCCAGUAGCACAGCCAACAUCACUUCGGGCAGUCACCUCUUCCACGCCUCCAGGCUCCUGGGGCAGCACCGGGCUGAGGCCCAGCCUUGGUCCAACCACACGCUCCCCAGGCUAUCCCCGCCAGACAGAGCAAGAACCCGCGUGUCCUACGCCUUCUGGAUCAUGGCCCUGAUCAAUCUCCCGGUGCCCAUGGCUGUGCUGUAUCUGCUGUCCAAAGAGCGGCUGCUGACCUGCUGCCCUCAGAGGAGGCCACUGCUCCUGUCUGCAGAUGAGCUUGCCCUGGAGACACAGCCUCCUGAGAAGGAAGACGCUUCCUCGCUGCCCCCAAAGAUUCAGUCACACCCAGCGCACGAGGACCUGUUCAGCUGCUGCCAGAGGACCAACUUCAAAGGAGUCCCUUAUUCCUUUUUUGCCAUCCACAUCACAGCUGCGCUGGUCCUGUUCAUGGCCGAUGGGAUGAUGGGGGCGUAUUCCACCUUUGUGUACAGCUAUGCAGUGGAGAAGCCGCUGUCUGUAGGACACAAGGUGGCUGGUUACCUCCCCAGCCUCUUCUGGGGCUUCAUCACCCUGGGCCAGCUCAUCUCCAUUCCCGUCUCCUCCAGAGUGAAGCCAGUCACCAUGGUUUUCAUCAACAUGGUCGGCGUGGUGAUGACCCACCUGGUGCUGCUUGCUUUCUCCUACAACGUCAUCUUCCUGUUCGCGGGGACAGCCAGCCUGGGCCUGUUCCUUAGCAGCACCUUCCCCAGCAUGCUGGCCUACACCGAGGACAUUCUGCAGUACAGAGGCUGUGCGACCACAGUGCUGGUGACAGGGGCAGGACUUGGCGAGAUGUCCCUCCAGAUGGUGGUUGGAUGGAUAUUCCAGGCUCAGGGCAGCCACAGUUUCCUGGUCUGUGGCGUGAUCUUUGCUUGCUUGGCUUUUACCUUCUACAUCUUGCUCCUGUUUUUCCACAGGAUGCACACUGGACUCUCAUCAGUUCCUGCCCAGGACAGACCACUGGGAAUGGAAAGCUCCGAGUGCUACCAGAGGUAAAAGCAGGUGCAGGAGGCCGGCGAAGAAAUCCGGCCUCUUGAGCACCAGCAGAGAUCAAAGCGUGGAAGGAAGCUGGCAAUCUCCCAACACCUUCGGUCAGAUCUUCUCCACUAAAUACUUGCAUAGAAGAAACUAAAUUGAGUUCCGGUACCUGGGCCCUCCCUGGGCAAAUCAUUAGAAUUUUACCUGACUGUUCAAAUUACUUUCCUCUUCCCUGGGUCAGACUCUUGCUAAGAGCUGUCCAGGAUGCCCACCUGGGAAGGACGAUGACAGUCAUCCCUUCACUGCACUGGCCGCCUCCUGCAUGGACCGCACCCCGGGUUUGAAGAUCACUCUUAAUUGAAUUUAAAAACAUAGGUUGAAAUUAUAAAGUUCGAUGAUCAUUGUUAUAUGUAGAUAUAUUUUAAGUUAAUCAGAACAACCCCCAAAUUGUUCCAUGGCAUGCUCACAGGAUUUAUGUGCUUUUUACUUCUUAAUAGUCCAAAGUCCCUCAAAUUCCUGCUGCUGAUAUCAGUAGAUCAUCCAUAAUCUAAAACAACGAAAGGAAAAGUUGAAUCUUGCUAUCUUUGGGAUGCUAAUUCAGUGGUAUGCUGGGCUAGCUCCUACCAGCUUAUAAAAGCUGAUUGUUAAAUUACGUUAAAAACAAAGGUAACAGCUGCUCAAAACUAAUCCCUUCCUAAUUCUUCUAUAUCUAUGCUCUUGAAGAGAUUUAUGACUAUUGUAUCUGUAUGGUAGAAAUACUAUAUAAAGGAGUGGUUCCGUGCAAUCUCUUUCUGUGUAUUUACACCACAGAAAUUGGCAAAAGCUACAAAUCAUGGCUUUUCCGCCCUGGAGAGCCGGGUGUUAAACCUCUGCCAGCACACCACUGCUAGUAAUCAAUGCUAAUUGGCCCAGAAGUUGCCUGGGAGAAUGAGAUGGAUGUUCUGGUUUUCUUUGCCGACACUGACUAGCUAUUAAAAGGUGUAGAAACAGCACUAAGAACUUCUCAAAAAUAUCUAAUUGAAACUUUACAUCUUCUAUAGAGAAAACAACCCUUUACAGGCAUACCUCAGGAAUAUUGCAGGUUCAGUUCCAGACCAUCGCAUUAAAGCAAGUAU